AAGAGGCCCUGCCAGAAGAGGCCCUGCCAGAAGAGACCCUGCGCAUGGAGAGGCCCUGCCAGAAGAGGCCCUGCACGAGGAGAGGCCCUGCCUGAAGAGGCCCUGCAUGAGGCGAGGCCCUGCCACAAGAGGCCCUGCCACAAGAGGCCCUGCCAGAAGAGGCCCUGCCACAAGAGACCCUGCCACAAGAGACCCUGCACGAGGAGAGGCCCUGCCACAAGAGACCCUGCACGAGGAGAGGCCCUGCCACAAGAGACCCUGCCACAAGAGACCCUGCACGAGGAGAGACCCUGCACGAGGAGAGGCCCUGCACGAGGAGAGGCCCUGCCAGAAGAGGCCCUGCCAGAAGAGAGCCUUGCCAGAGGAGGCCCUGCCAGAAGAGGCCCUACCAGAAGAGCCCUUGCCAGAAGAGCCCUGCCAGAAGAGCCCUUGCCAAAAGAGACCUUGCCAGAAGAGACCCUGCUACAAGAGGCCUUGUCAGAAGAGACCUUACCAGAAGAGACCCUGCACGAGGAGAGGCCCUGCUAGAAGAGGCAGUGCCAGAAGAGACCCUACCAGAAGAGGAGAGGCCCUGCCACAGGAGACCCUGCCAGAAGAGACCCUGCCACAGGAGACCCUGCCAGAGACCCUGCCAGAAGUGACCCUGCCACAGGAGACCCUGCCAGAAGAGACCCUGCCACAGGAGACCCUGCCACAGGAGACCCUGCCACAGGAGACCCUGCCAGACGAGACCCUGCCAGACGAGACCCUGCCAGAAGAGACCCUGCCACAGGAGACCCUGCCAGAAGAGACUCUGCCAGAAGAGGCCCUGCAGGAAGAGGCUUUUCCAGAAGAGACCCUGCCAGAAGUCUGGAGAGUUUUGUAG